UGGAGCAGCAAUGCCUGAUGAAGAUAUUUCUAGAUAGAAAAGUUAGUGCUGAAUCAAACUGCUGAAAGCUUAUUGCAGUGGGCAGCUCUUUGUCUUGUUACCUAAACCUUGACAGUGAAUAGCAGAUGUGUUAAGUCAACUGAGGUUCAGCCAGUCCUGGGGCAGCAGGCUGACAUCUGCUGCAGGUCAUAAACAUGAAAGCUUCCCACAUAACCUCCAAGUGGACAGGCAGUAGUCUAAGCCUGCGUUAUAAGUCUGUAAGGAGUCAUGUUUCAAAAAUGGAAACGUUUGCACGUUGGUCAUCCUCUAGAAUCGGAGUCAAUUCCAGUCAUUACGGUGAAUAUACUAAUGUUUCAGUGAGGACCGCGGGGGCGAUAAGAGAGACCAGUUGAGGUCCCCGGGCCACAGUUUGAAACAGCAAAGUCAUCGAAUAAACAGGAGAGAGAGAGAGAGAGAGAGAGAGAGAGAGAGAGAGAGAGAUUGUAGAAGUCGUCCUCUUGUAUCUCAACACUUUCAAAUCUGCUGCAUCUUUUCCACCUCGACUCUCAUUAAAAACCAGCAGAACGUUAUCGAUCACCCUGUGAGAACCUCGCCGGGCUGGGUCAGCGUUUGGCUCUCUGUGGAACCUGGUCUUUGAUGCAGGCUGAUCACAGAUCAGAUACACUCACUUCAGAUCCAUAAAGCCACCCCCCCUCUGUCCGCCUUUGAUCUCGGGGUAGAUCUGCCGCUGCCGCCGCGGCGGCUGUGACUGAGCUGGGCUGGGGCAGCAGCGCGGACACGCUGAGCAGACCGGUGCGGGAAACACACCACCACCUCUCACCGGUCUGCUUCCGAUUUUUAGGAACCGCUACUUUGAUCAACAGGCUCCUUUUUAGCAGCUGCAGGCAACAAGUGGCUUAUCAAAAUGGUCUGGAUGCUUCAUUACACAGUCUCACUUGUACUAACUGUUCAUGUCAUAUAUUCCAUUCUGAUUCCUGUGGAGGCUGAGGAGGAGAGCAGAGAAUGCAGAGAGCAGGAAUACAAGGACCGGUUUGGGAACUGUAAACCCUGCAAGCAGUGUGAUGCAGGACAAGAGCUUUCAAAGGAAUGUGGCUUUGGAUAUGGAGAGGAUGCCUGGUGCGUGCCCUGCCGGAGCAGUCGCUUUAAAGAGGACCGGAGCCUGCAGAAGUGUAAGCCCUGCCUGGACUGUGGACUCAUCAACCGCUUCCAGAAGGGCAACUGCUCCUCCACCAGCAAUGCAGUGUGUGGCGACUGUCUGCCGGGAUAUUACAGGAAGACUAAAUUAAGUGGUUUCCAAGACAUGGAGUGUAUACCCUGUGGGGACCCACCGCCUCCCUAUGAGCCUCACUGCAGCGGGCGUGUGGACCUGGUGCCGCUACCCUCAGUAGUGACCAGCUCGCGGGACAUGGCCCUGGCUGCGGUCAUCUGCAGCGCCCUGGCUACGGUGCUGCUGGCGCUGCUGGUACUGUGUGUCAUCUACUGCAAGAGACAGCUGCUGGAGAAGAAGCCCAGUGCAACCUCUCUGAGGUCCCAGGAAUAUCCCUACAGCGGGGCGGAGCUGUCCUGCCUGGACCCCUGCUGGCUCCACGACUUCCCCCAGAGACCUACCUGCCAAUGUCACCUGGGUCCCGCACAUAGCUGCGGUCCAGUCCAUCUGAUCCCAUCUCUGUGCUGUGAUGAGAGCUGCAGUGUGGGCCGCAGUGAGGACAACAGUCCCUUCCAGUCCCAGACAAGCCUCAGUGAUGGAAAUACAAAGGAGCACAUCUUGAUGCACCUGGGUGGACAUGCAGAGUCCAUCUGUGGAGAGGCUGGUGGAAUGAUGGGCUUAGAGCCCACAGAGUGUUUGGGGCUGUCUCAGUGCAACUCGGAACCUGAAGGAGGACGGCAGCUGGAAGGGGAACAGGAGCAUGAAGGUGGCAUGGAAGUAGAAGAAGGCAGGUUCAGGGAGGAUUCACAGAGCGACAGUGAAACUGUGACAGCACUUCUUCCCAAAGAGCACUCAUUGACCCAGGAAGGAUGACAUGGAUUUCUUUGGCUGGCGUUCCAUCCGUGAACCACCCUGGACUCAACAACAACCACGGGCCAGAUCCUGUCUCAGAUUACUCACCGGCCCUCCCACCCCCACCUCCCACUGACAUUUCUCCCUCCGUACACCCAUCCAUGCCAGAAACAACCACUCUCCAGCGUGGUUGCACUGCCUCUUUGAAAUGCCUGCUGCUCACCUCAGAGCCCCCCCAUCCAAGGGUCCAAAAGGAACAUAUGCACUCACGACCACUUUAUUAGGUACAUCUGUCCAAUUGUAAUUGAAUGCAACACUUCUGCCUUAACCUCUUUGUUUAAGAAGCUCAAAUAGUUUUUUUGUUAAAUUGUCAGAUGUAUGCAUUUAAUUAUAU